AUGACACAGCUGAAACGUGACCAUCCCACUGCUGUAAUUCUUAGUACCGAUGACUUCUUUAUUGAAAAUGGUGUAUACGUGUUUGAGCCCGAGUUCCUAGAGGAUGCGCACAAAUGGAACCAAAAGAGAGCACGCAAGGCAAUGAAGAAUGGGAAAAGCACUGUUAUUAUUGAUAAUACCAACAUCCAUGCUUGGGAAAUGAAGCCGUAUGUGAUCAUGGCACGUGAAAAUAGAUAUGAAGUUACAUUCCGAGAACCAGAUACACCCUGGAAGUUCAAUGUCCCAGAACUGACGAGAAGAAAUAUUCAUCAUGUCCCUCGACAAAAGAUACAACAGAUGAAAGAUCAAUAUGAGCACAACGUUACCUUCCACAGCGUUCUUCAGUCUGAGAAACCCAGCAGAGAUGAGAGAAGCUCCAGCGGACCAAACACAGCUUAUGGCAUGGGUGCCCGCUCCAACCGCCCUCCAGCCUUCUCAAACCGGAGACCUCAUGUGGCGCAUAGAAACCACAUGUCAUUUCACUAG